AUGAACGCCGCCGAAGCGUCCAUCAGUCCAACUGAUGUCUCCGCCACCUCGCGGCAUCGAAAGCCUUCGGAGCCAAGCUCUGCUUAUACGCGCAGCUGCGCUUCAGAUGUCGUCGAAGUCAUGGUGGUGGCCGUUCGGGUUGCGCUCUCAAUGGCCUCCUCCAGCGCCCAGUCGAUUGGGCUUCAUCGAAACCAGGAACAUUUUAAGCUCACGCCGUUGGAAUGUGAGCUUCGCCGACGAUUGUGGUGGCAAAUCUGCGCGUCCGACAAUCGGGCCGCCGAAGAUCAUGGGCUCUCGACUGAGCUCAACGGAGCAUUCCAGCGAGCCUCUCGACUGUCCGCAGGGGUACUUAACAGCCAGAACCUCAUGGACAGCUUGGAACAACUGUCGGAGCAUGUAAAAGAGAAGAUAGAAGCGAAAUACCUGAGGUAUUGCGAUCCCAACAUCCCGCUGCAGAAGGCUGCCAUCUUGCUGGGCCGAGUUUUCCUUGGAACCUCGGUGUUUUCACCCGGUACACUCUACGUCCGCCCGGACGUGCCCGGGGCAGAGCGAGCCUGGGAGCUGGUGAACAAGUCACUCAGCAUGACCGAACUUGGUUCCAGACCUAGUCCGGGCCAAAAUGGAAUGCUCCGCGCAGGCUGCGAGAGAAAGCAUUGA